AUGGAUCAAGCUCAAUCGAAGGAAUUUGACGGCCUAAAGAGGACUUUUCUUCAAUCUGUAAGUAAAAAACACUGUAAAAUGUCAUCAUUAUAUUUUUAAUCUUCAUCUGAUUGUAAAAGUAAUUUUAAUCAUUUAUUUAGUUGGCCGAGUACAAUAAGCUACAGAGGUUGUUGAAUGACUUCAAAGAAUCCAAACUGACCGACGAGGUGUUAGAAGAAGUUCCCGAGGUUGCUGCGCAAGUCAUUAAAAACAGAAAAUUGGAGUACAGGAUCAACAUAAUGAAGAGAGUAAGUUAUACUAUGUUAAGUUAUUGGUUUUUAGGCGAUUGAUGAAGUGAAAGCUUCUGGAAAGAAGGCAAAGGUUCAGAAGCCAGAAGAGAAGAAAGCUCCAGAAGUGAAAUACGUCAAAGUGAAGGACUACCGUGAUGCCGUUUUGGAGAGGCUGACUUCAGUGUUCUCAGAAGUGGUCGAGAAGUGUUAUCCAGGUAACAACUUCAGCAUCACGUUACGAGAGACUAACAACCUCAAGUUUGGUGAUUAUCAGUUCGACUCUUCUCCAAUGAUUGCCAAAACCCUGAAGUUGAAGCCAGAUGAAGUGGCCAAGAAGAUCAUCGACAAUUUACCUCAAGUUGAUCUGAUUAAGAGUGUUGAACAAGCCAAAGUAUUCAUCAAUAUAUUUUUGAACAGAGAGACGGUUGGAAAGAAAGUUUCUGCAAUUUUUGCGAAAGGAAUUUCCUUGCCAGAUCUUGAACAAAAACGAGUUGUCAUUGACUUCUCUUCGCCCAACAUAGCCAAACAAAUGCAUGUUGGCCAUCUUCGGUCGACAAUUAUUGGGGAAUCGUUCUCUAGGCUUCUAGAAUACGUGGGAUAUGACGUAAGUUAUGUUUUUAUGUUUUGUUUUCAUAAAGGUCUUAACUUUAAAUUGUAAAAGAUUUUUAGUGCAAGCAUAAGGCUAGAGACAAUUUCCUGUAGGUACUGAUUACAGAUUGAUACGAAUUGACAUUUAAAUAGGCAUAAAUUGUGGUAAUUUAUAGAUGUUUUUUACAGGUACUACGAUUGAACCACGUUGGAGAUUGGGGAACCCAAUUUGGUAUGUUGAUUGCUCAUCUACAAGAUAAAUUCCCGAAUUUUGCAAAAGAAACACCUCCACUAAAAGACCUACAAGCUUUUUAUAAGGUAAGGACAUCUUUAAUAUCACUAAACUGAACUUUUUAGAAAAUAGAAUACUGUUAAUUUAUAAAUGAGAUUUUAAUAAAUAGAGUUUUAUCUUCGUUUUGAUAUUAUUUUGCGUGGUUUUAGGAGUCGAAGAAACGUUUUGAUGAAGACGAAAUGUUCAAGAAGCGGGCAUACGACUGUGUUGUUAAGCUGCAGGCUGGUGACAAGGAAUUCGAAAGUGCUUGGAGGUUAAUUUGUGAUGUCAGUAAGAAGGGUAGGUUAAGAUUAUAUAAAAAGCUAAAAAUUUUAUAUUUUUGUUAUCUACGUAAAACAUUAAAUGACAAAGUAGUUAUAGGGGGCGCAGAAUUAAGUGAACGACCUAAUAAUUUGUGUAAACAAACUUUCAGACUAUACUAAAAUCUACGAGCGAUUGGAUGUAACUCUACAAGAACGAGGAGAGUCUUUCUACCAAGACAAGAUGGUCAGUUUGGUCGAGGAAUUGGACAAAGAAGGAAAGCUGAAGCUAGAAGAGGGACGGAAGUUGUUCUACACGACAGAAGCCAACAUUCCAUUGACGGUUGUGAAGAGUGAUGGAGGAUUCACAUACGAUACUUCCGAUUUGGCUACGUUGAAACAUCGUUUGUUUGAGGAAAAGGCUAACUGGUUGUUGUAUGUUGUCGACAGGGGACAGUCUGAACAUUUUGCGGUAAAUUUUUAUUAAUUUAAGGUUUGUUGAAGGAAAGUUAAGGAUUUUUUAAAGGAAAGGUGAGGCAGUUAUAGAAAAAAAUGUCAUUCUAUGAGUUUAUGUUAUGAAUUUUAUAAUAACAUGUAAAAUUAUUGUUAACAUAACCCCAUAUAGUUUUAACGAUUAAUGUUUUAGUCAGUCUACUCGGCUGCCAGAGAUCUUGGAUGGUACGAUCCAAAGCAGACUCGUGUUGAACAUGUCCAGUUUGGCGUUGUGUUAGGCGAGGAUAAGUAAGUUAACACCGAUAAUAAUCUGGCUUUAUGUUGCUGGAUCUAUAUUCUACUGUAAUAUUGAUAAUAUUUUUAAAAAUUUUCAAAAAUGUUUUUUGCUUCAACUUUUUAAGAUUUUUAAAAUGUUUUUCAGGAAAAAGUUUAAAACCCGAUCAGGAGAUACGGUAAAACUGUCAGAUUUACUUGAUGAAGGAGUGAAACGAGCUGAAGCCAAGUUGGUAGAGAAGGGCAGGGACAAAGUAAUGGGUCCAGAAGAGCUGGAAGCUGCCAGAGAUGCGGUUGCGUAUGGUUGUAUACGAUAUGCUGAUCUUUCUCAUGGCAGAACUAACGAUUACGUCUUCUCGUUUGAUCGGGUAGGUUUUGGUUUUUAAAAAUAUUUUUUAACCGUGAGUUUUAUAUGUUAGAUAGUUUUAAUUGAGUAUCUACUAUCAUUUUAGAUGUUGGAUGAUCGUGGUAACACGGCGGUGUAUUUGUUGUACGCUUAUGCUCGUAUAAGGUAAGUAUUUUGAUUUUGACAUAAGUUUACUUAUAUAUACUUUUUAUCGGUCACAGUAGUUACAAUUACAUAAUAUUAUUAAUGUAAUGAUAUUAUAUUGUGUUCUCAAAAUAUAAUGUUAUUAUGUUGCAGGUCAAUUGCUCGUGAAGCCAAGGUUGAACGGUCAGCUAUCUCCGAGUACGUCAGCAAACUACCCAACGGUGUCUUACCAUUAGAACACGAACGAGAAUUCAAGCUGGCCAAGCAGCUUCUGAAGUUCUCUGACACUCUGCUUCUGGUUUUGGAAUCUCUUCAACUUCACAAACUCUGCGAUUACGUUUACAAUUUGGCUACAGUCUUCCACGACUUCUACAAGGAUUGCUAUGUCAUCAACAAGAACGAUAAGGGAGAGAUUACUGUAAACUACCAUCGUCUUGUUCUCUGCGAAGUCACGGCUGACACGAUGGCGGCCUGCUUCAAGACUUUGGGAAUCAGACCUAUCGAAAGAAUGUGA